GCUGAAUCCACUUCUGCGGGAAUCUGUUUUCCGAGCUCCUUAAGCAAAUCCAAGAUCAUAUACCACAAUCAUAUGUUUCCCAAAGUGACCGGUCUACCCAACUGCAAGUGAUCCAUUUGCCAUGCAGUAAAAGACUCAUGGAUGUGCAGGAUCAGGGCAGCAUACUAUACCUUUUCUUCGGAAAAUAUCUCAUACUAGUACCUAAAGUCGGGUCCAUGACCCUAUAGUUAACAUGUAAAUGAUAGCUUCAGAGGUACCAACAGGUCGUUUCCAGGUAUAUACGGUACGAGCUGCUGGAACCGGGUGCUGUGAGUUUGGACGGGAGGCAUGGAGAAAUCCAUGGUUCACAAUCCUGCAAUAUAUUUUAAAACACACCGUUCUUUCCCUUUCCAGGCAGAUGUUCAGCACAAAUGAUCGCAGUGUUCCAUGUGUUUUGGAUAUCAAGCGGUGCUGACUGAGAUAAAAGAGGAUUGAAAGCGGUGCAUGGUGAUUUUCAUGUGAUGAGCCCAGACACUCCAUGCGACCUGCCAGGUCCGAACGUGCAGCGCGUGGCGUCUUGCAGCAGGCCAUCUUCACGCGGACGGUGCAAAACCGGUCCUUGUUACGUUCCGAGGAGCUCUCCUUGGCAUUCAAGCCGUGGCCGUUGGCGAUGGCCACUGCCUCGAAUCGAUAGCGGCGAUGGCAUCGAAGUGCCACAACUGGCGCUCGACUCACAACGCUCGCCACUGGGCCCGGAGUUGGUGCAAAGUCUCCGACGAGGUGUCCAAUGGGAACAAGCCUUAUGGCUGGCGCGUGGCUGGCCGAGGGGCACGACGGAGACCUGGUUUGCCGCCGCAGGCAAUUGCGCCAUUGCCCGUGCAUGGCAGCAGGCCUUCUAUGGGCUUGGCAGAUUGAGGCAUCAUGGUCUUCAACUCUCCACCGAUGCGCUCCGACAAGCGUUCGUCUUGCAGCGCCCGCUCAACCCUUGGAAAGGCUCCUUAAAGCUUCUGCGAAUGAUCAGGAGGGCUUUCCUUCGGCCCAGCAUCAUCGAGUUCAACAAGAUCUUCCUCUCCUGUGCUCGGUUUUCCUGGUCCUACACUCUUUACUUCCUGAGCCUUCAAAGAACUGAGGCCUGUGAAGUCGAUGAUGCCUCCCUGUCCACAGCUCUCUCCGCCUUUUGUUUGAAGUUCCGGCCCUGGCAGUACGCCUGCGAGAUGCUCCGCAGCUUCCAAGCUAAUGCGAGGUGUUCAAACCUGGGGCUGCGAACCCUCAACAGCGCCUUGGGCGUUUUCGCCAAGCGCCCUCUGCUGUGGAAGAAGGCCAUGCAAAUGGCCAUGGCCUUCGAGCGCUCGCCCUAUGUCCCCGAUGCACCCGCACGUCAAGCCAUUCGCGUGGCCCGUGCGCGGCGAACGGCAGCCUUUCGAAGACUUUGCCGCAUCACAGCGUCCUGGCAGGAGGCGAUCUCGACACUGGAGCGACUUCGCUCGAAGUCUCUUCCUGUGACGGUCGCAGAGCUCCAGGAGGCGGUGACUGCCUGCAGUGACAGCUCUCAGUGGGAAAUGGCCCUCCAAGUUUCGCAAGAACUUGCUGCCAUGGUGAAAGGGUUGCUUUGAGAAAAAGAGCAGCUGCGGGGUAGCUGGAUGGAUUGGGUGAUGCCAUGGAGAGUGGCCCCGCCCAAACGGAACAGUUCGUUCUCUUCGGGACCUGCACGCCCGAUUGGAGUCGGAAUGCUAGCAGACCGGUGUGGUCCGAUGGUUCGAAACGACACCGGGCUCCGGUCUUCGCUUCGAAACGGCCAAGCCAAGAGCUGACCUUUGUGGGUCGCACCCAGACCGUCAUGUAGCAGUCUAUUCUGUUCUUCCUGACGCGGCGAGCGAGUCUCGUCUGGCAUACCAGGCAUUCUGCCUAGUAUCCUCCACACAUAUGAUUUCACAUGUGAACCCCGAAUUAAGCCUCAG